CUCUAUGAGUAACAUCACAUUUUUUUGGGUGUAAUAUAUAGUGAGUAAGCUUUCACUCUCUAGCUAUGCCGCGGAGAAGAGGAAGACCUAAGAAAUCAGCGAGCCCUGGACAUGGCGUACAGACUCCAAGAAAUAGCAACGUGAGUUCGACUAAAGUAUCACCAGAUAAGGAGGUCCCUGAAUUGGAGGUUCAACAGAGUAGCGCAAAACCUAAUGAUGGUAUUGGGGAUCUGUUGAAUCUAGAUCUGAAGAACGAUAAGGAACCACCAAAAACCUAUGCGAGUGUAGUGGGAAAUCCAGAUGAUGAGUUGAAGCUGAAGUUUAUACCUGCUACUGAGCUUAAUGUUAAUCUCGUGGCGAAAUUCACGCAAGAGGAUAUCAUCGAAACAGCAACUUACUGGGACGCUACACUGGUAUGUUGUAUUUUGGGUGCUAAUCCUCCUUUGGAGGUGGUUAAGGGAUUCAUUAACAGAAUUUGGAAGGAAUAUGAGAUAGAGGAGGUAUCACUGCUAAAAGAAGGACAGUUCAUUGUUAUGUUUAAGAAAUCUGAAGAUCGAGACAAUGUCCUCAAGUGGAAGUACUAUUAUUUUGAUAAUAAACCAGUCUGGGUUCAGAAAUGGUACCCUGGAGUUAAAGUAAAUGUUGAUACACUAGAUGACAUUCCAAUUUGGAUCCAACUCCCGGAUUUGGAUAUGAAAUUCUGGAGUCUGACUGGACUGAGUAAACUGGGAAGUCUGGUGGGAAAGCCAGUUAAGAGGGACAGAGCAACAGCAAAGAAGACUAAAUAUUCUUAUGCAAGAAUUCAAGUGGAGGUUAAGGUUCAACAAGAGUUUCCCAAAGAAAUUAAGUUUGUAGAUGAAGGGGAUAGAGUGAUCACACACAACAGGUUAUAUAUGAAUGGUACCCCUGUGUUUGUUCUCACUGCAAAAAGCUGGAGCACCUGCAGGAGGAUUGCAAGAGAAAGGAAGGCAAAGAGAAUGUGAGAAG